GGGGGAAAAAAACACUCCGAGGCAGAGAAUGAACGACAAAAAAAGAACAAGUGAGAGGUGGGGAGAGGGACAGAGAAAGAGAGGGGGGAGCGCAGGAGAGGUGGAAGGAGGCCCGUAGUGGGUGUGCAGGCAACAGGCACCAGAGUUGAGGAGAAGGAGAGGGAGAGGGAGAGAGAGAGGCAGAGGGAGAGAGAAGUCAGGAAAGUCCUACUACCGGAGCAGCGGGGAGCGGGAGAAAAAGAAAGGAGGAAAAAAAAAGAAAACAAAAGGAGAGAAGAAGGAAACAGGAGUAAGGAGGAAGAGGGGGGAGGUGAGUGGUGCCAGAGCAGAGGGAGGUUAUAGGGAGGGAAAGAACGAGUGAGCAGCCGAAAAAGAGAAACAGGCAGAGGGAGAGGGAGGGAGAGAGAGAAGGAAAACAAGCCUGAAAGAAGGGGGGAAGUAAGAGAGCAGGGGUGGAUGAGUAAAACAGGCCGUGUGAAUGGGCCAGGAGUGCGGGGCGCAGGAGGGUGGAGGAAGCUGCUACUCCCGCUCCCUCUCCUCAUGCUCCGCCUGCCUCGGCUUCGGCUCCUGCUGCCGCCACUACCGCCACCGUCAUCGCCGCCGUCACUCAUUUCCUAAUUCGAAACGGACGCCACCGCCGGGCUGAGCAGCAGGACCUCCGCGCGCCUCCUCCUCCUCUCCCGGCAUGCACUCCCCUCCGACCUCCUCCUCCUCCACCUCCUCCUCGUUGCCCGACAGCAGCAGCGGCGCAGGAAGGCGACCAGGCCCAGGGAGGAGACCCGGGCCAGGGUCGGCCUACGCAGUGCCGCUCCAGCUCCACCCGGCCGCCGUCACCAAAGCCGGCGCCACAGCUGCGGGAGUGCCGUCUGGGCAUUGCUACUGCCACCUCUGCACCCACAAUGGGCCAUCUCACACCUCCAAAGCUGCUCAUGCGGCCGCUGCUGCCAGAGUGGCCAGCCCAGGUCACGGUCUUGACUUCCACUACGGGGGCCCUCGCUCCCAGGCCCCACCAGAGGACGAGGUGGUCGUAGCGGCAGGAAGAGAAGCGAAAGGGCUGGAUGGUCCCCAGAGCAGGAGAUCGUUCCCCACACACAGGCAGGGCAGGAGGAGGGAGAGCAGGGAGGAAGGGCUGGAGAGGAACGGAGUCCUCCAUGGAUCAGGAGGAGGUGGAGGAGGUGUCAGCAGUGGCCAUGGAGGAGGAGGAGGGGGAGGUGGUAGCAGCGGUGGCAGCAAUGGCACCCACGCACCACCACCCAGGAACCCAGCAGGCAGGAGGGUGGAUUUCUACCUGGGGCCUCCCAACCACUGCCCUGUGUUGGGGGACUGCACGCCUGCCUUCCCCCGCGAGUGGGACCCCUGCUACUCCUCCAGCAGCCCUCAGAGGUGGCACUGGCCACCAGCCGUGCAGCCCUGCCGGGAGCACUAUGCCUGCUCGAGAGACGCCGGACGAUCGGACUGGGACAGGUCGCCUCUCACUCCACCGGGACCACCACCGAUGGCACCGAUGGCACCGAUGGCACCGAUGCCACAUCCAUGCUGCUACCCACCGGACAGACCGAACCAUCACGUUGGCAUUGGUCACGGGCCACACCAACACCAACACCCGUCAGAGUACAGGGGUCACCUGGGGCAUGGGGACGUCAUACAUGGCAGUGGAGGUGGUUGUGGCGGUUGUGCGGGACUUGAGGAGCCGUGCUGGGAGUGUGUGCGCGACCAGUACCUGAGGGACAGACACCUGAGGCCUGAGCUCAUUGCCGCAGAGCCUGCCGCGUGCAGCUUUAACGGCCUGCACCAUCAGCAGCACCCUCAGCCACAGCACCACCAAGCGCACACGCAGCAGCACCACCAUCAGCCACAACACCAGCAGCAGCCCCCUCUCAGUCCCGUGAUCUCCUACGGUCACAUGGCAGCCUACGCCCACCCGAGCCUGAGCAGGCAGACCAGCCCCGAGCAUGGCACCUGCAACGGGCCACUGCCGGGCCAAAGGACGUUCUUCCCCACCGAGGUUUCCCCGUCCAAGUUGCGGGUUGCCGAGGACCACGGUCCUCCCUGCAGGCCCAAGAUGGUGAACGGUCACCAGACUCUCCGUAGGGACCCGGAAUCGUCGUCGUCGUUGUCGCUGUCGGACAGGCGAAAGGGGGGGAAGGGGAGUAGUACAUUGACGGGACAGGUGGAUGAUCAGCAGACACCGAGUCAUGGGACCCCGACGCCGUCAACGGCGUUGGUGGCAGAUCAGAAGAGCCAAUCGACCGUAAGGGAGGAGAUUCGCAAGGUGGUGGGAAGCCUGGAGGAGGUACUGGGAGGCCUCAAGCAGGUCCACCAGGAGAUGAGAGAGGUCGUGCAGCAGAUUGACGUCUUGACCUCUAGCAUUGACGUCGGCAUCGACGGCGCCGAGGAGAAGUCUCACAGCAGGCAGCCUUCCCAUGAGCUUCUCUUCCGGCAGCCUUCCCAUGAGCCUCUGCUCCGGCAGCCUUCCCAUGAGCCUCUGCACCAUCCUCAGCAGCAGCUGCCGCCCAUGUGCCAGGAGGUGAAGGCCCUUGUCCACCGGCCGCCCGACACUCUACACCUCCAGCAUCUCCACCACCACCGCCGCCGCCAGGACCCUCCGCAGCCACAGGUGCAAGGCAUCAACGGUCACCACACACCCACGUCUACUACCCCCACCUCCACCCCCACGGCGAUUAACACCACCACCGCUACAGCCACCACCCCCUCCUCCUCCUCCACCACCUCCUCUUCAAAGCUCUCCGCCACCUGCCACCCUCCCGUCAUCCGGAGGGGGGGACACGCGACCUCCACCGCAGCAUCAGCGGGCGACUUGCUGAGGGUUAAGGCCCUGGGACCAAGCCAGAGAACAGGCACAUCUCUGGGCUCGGGAGGCCACGAGGUGGCCAGGGACAGAGAUAGAGAUAGAGACAGGGAGCGGCCCAAGAUGAACGGCAACUGCGUGGCUGCAUGGCCGCCCCGCGACAGGGUCAAGGAUGCCCAGCGACGACGGCUGGAGCUGACGUCCAUCCCGCUGGCGUCCAUUCCACCGUCCGCUCCCGCCACGUCCCAUCCGGCACUGCCCCUGCCCCUGCCCGCCAAUGGCAACGCCGAUGGUGGUGGACAUUAUGUGGAGAACCACAAGCCCCCGCCCUACCCCACCAACCACCAACCCAACGGCCGGCUGGACACUCUCCACAAGGACCAUGAGGCCUUGCUACCCCCCCUGCGGCCUGCUGCCCUUGUGGGGAAGAGCCGGCAGGUCUCCACGGCGGUAUGAGGUGGCAAUGGGAGGGGACCACGGGUGGGGGUGGGUCAGUUUGGCUGGUAGAAAAGACCAACUCACUAGCCACUUUGACCCAUUAGUGAAUGGGGCGAGUUGGGGAUUAGCAGGUGAAGGUGGGGAGGUCUGGAGGAUGGAAAGGGGGAGGGAGUUGUCCUCCCACCCACCUGGUUGCCAUGGACACGACUGGGCGGUGGCUUUACCUGUCUGCACGUACUGUGAGGGGACGUCCCUAGACACAUCCACGUGUCUGGGUAACUCAGGGUGAGUUGUGCUGACCUGACGUACUGGUACUGUAUGUGCGUGUGUUGCAUUGCGUGCUGUGUCUUGCUCUAGAUUUCAAGAUCUUUUGAUUCUGACGAAAGGUUGCUAAUAUCUUGGGGUGGGUAAUCCAGCUUAGCAAUGGAGAAAAACUAGGCUACACCACAUAGUUCUUCUACCCACCACACACAUUCUUCUACACAUAAUUUCAGAUAAAAAAUUUAAAAAAAACUUGCAGGACUUUUCUCCUUUGUGGAGCUAGAGAUACCCACCUCAGAUUAAUGUUUAAGCUUUUUGUACCCUUUACUUGCUUCUUGCUCCUCAAGAAAUACGCUGAUAAGGCGAUUGUUGUGCGGCGCAGUGUUUCAGCCCCAAUUUUUCUUUUCCUGCACACUCAGUGUAGUGUUCAAACACUCCCAAGUUCUUUUGUUUUGUUUUUCAGGCAACAACUCCCACACGCUGGACAGGUAGCGAAGAGUAAAAGUAGCAAUUUGUUGAGCCUGGUGAAAAUAGCAUGUCAGGAAAAAAAUAGACCACUGCGUAGCUACUGUGUCUUUAAAAGCACGGCUGCUGCAUUAAGCCAUGGUGCCGAAAGAAAAGGAUAUUGUAUUCACAUUAUUCUCUGACCAGAGACGGCCUCAGAUCCUCUUACGGGCCACUUGCUCUGCGGAAUAGCGGAGGAAUGCUGCAACCUCACGUCUAAUGAGCUUUACAACCCAUGCCAUGACACAUGGGGAGGGACUGCUUAGCCGGCUAACUUGUGCUUUUUGCGCUUUUUCACGGUCGAAAAAGUACCUGGGGGGGGGAAAAAAGGUUGGUGCAGCAGCAGCUUUAUUCUUAUAACUUGGCAGGACAAUAUUAUAUAAGCGCUCAGCUCCACCCGUUCGUUCCCCCUGAAUUGGGAUGUACUGUACUGUACACAGGGCUGAUGACAGCUUAUGCCGGGCCCAGGGCAAAGUCACCUGAAAGGGGCCUACACCCUGUACAUACAAUGUAAAUGAAAACCCUAUUUUGGGCCCCUUCUCCCCUGGGCCUAGGACAACUGACCCGUGUGUCCCACCCGUCCCCUUCGGCUUCCCUGACUGUACCUGUAGACGGAGUUUAAUCUCAAGUCGGGACACUUUUCAGUCUCACUCUGCUGCUGUCACAUGUGCUCUCCACUCGUAUGCACUUAUUGCAGGCUGGUCACGGGGACGGAGACGGGGACAGGGGUGUAGUAAGACACACUACAGCACAGACUCUGCCCCUCUGCCAUCCAGCUCCAGAGGGUAAAUGUGGACCGUUCACAGGGAGGGAGGGACUAACUUGGUCCCUGAUUCACUGGCGAUCCACUGGAUCAUUGCAUUACCAGCAGAGUCGAGACCACCCUUUUUCUUACCCCACUGCUAAAACAACAUAAAAUAAAAUAAAAUAAAAUAAAAAAA